AUGUCCUCCCCGGCUAAUUCCAAAGAUAAACUCUUCCCUGGCAUUUCCGCGACUGAAACCAAGCUCCUGGUCCUCGCCAAUGUCUGUUUGAAGAACGACAAGGUUGACUACGACAAACUUGCUGUGAACGCUGGAAUCAAAGCGUCUUCCGCCCAAACUCUUUUCCGAAAUGCGAAGCGAAAGCUCGACAAGCUGUUCGGCGAUGACAAUGCUGAUACUGAGGGCAAUGGUAACGGCAACGGCAAUGGCGCCCAGGCCGAUAUGUCCCCUGAGGAGACUCCUUCCAAGCGUGGAAAAUCGACCGCGAAGGCCAAGCCCCGCACUCCCAAGGCUCCUAAGACCCCCAAGAUCCCCAAGACCCCAAAGACUCCCAAGGCGACCAAGACCCCCAAGGGUAGCAAGGGCGCUGUCAAGUUUGAGGAGAGUGAAGACCAGAUCCCCGUUGACCCCGAGCUCAGUCCUACCACCACCUCCGCCGCCAUGUUUGCUGAAGAUACUAGCCGUGAGACCGCCGUUGUUGACCCUUUCGUUGAGCCUUUCGUCGAGCCUGCCGCUACCGUUGACGCUACAAAGGGCAAGACUGAAGACCAGGAUGAGGGCAAUGAGAAUAUCGGCAAGUACGACAAGACCGACGGGGAUGCGCUUGAUCUGGCAGUGAACCAGCAACUCUCUGAGUCUCCUUUGCCCCAAGAAGAGGACGAUCCCAGCUACGAGGAGGACAUUCAGGAGGACGAAGAGCACGAGGAUUAA